UAGUAUAUAAGAAGAGAGCAAUAAAGACAAAGGGUGUUAUUAGUCAUCAUAUUGACAUCAAUAAUGGAGAAUUCAGCUUCCGCCGUAGCUCCUCUGCUGCUCAGAAAUUUUCUUACUUCAAUUUUCAUCCUUGCAGACAAAUCCCUCUUUUCCUUGUCCCAGAAAUACAAGCUUCUCCAACUCCUACGUUCUUUUCUUGUCUCCUCUUUUCUCUUCUUUCUCAGCCUUUUGCCGGCUUUCUUCUCCUCUCUCAAUCCUUCUCUGGAACCCCACCACCACUCCUUCAAUUCCGCCAGAGAUGAUACCUAUUCUGGCACCGGCGUCGGUACUGACGCCGCCGGCCGUGGCAAGGGUGGCGGGUCGGGGGUUUCCAGGGCGUUGUCCCAGCUGUUGCUCAUAAUGAAUGAUAUUCCGGUCAGUUCGAGGAAAUACGAAGUGGUUCGAUCAUUAGCGGAGAAGCUCAUCGAUGAGAAUUUAUUACAAGACAAUCGAGCCUUGAGGGAGGUUAACUGCGCCGUUCUCUCCACGGCUUUUGCCACCUCUCUAAGCCAGCUCGAGGCGGAGCAGCGGCGGACGGGUGAUGGCGUGGUGGUGGGUGGUGCCGAGGAGAGUGAUUCGUAUGUUUGUAAUAGGGUGAGCCGUUUGAUACUGGGGGUUAAGUAUUUCGGACGGCGGGCGUGGUGCUACGCCAAGUCGAGGAGCGAUCCGAGUCGGUCCGGACGCUCGGCUGAGAAGCUGGCUGCAGAAUUGCUGUGGCUGGCUCAGAAAAUGGCGGCGUCUGGCUGCGCUGAGGAAGCUGUUUGUAAGUGGGCUUCUGCGUCAAACUUGGCUUUGCUUGCUCUAUCGGCUGAGCCGCGACUUCAGGGUUCCCUCGUCAAAGUCUCCGCAUUCUUGAUCAAGGAAGCAAAAGAAAUGGGCAAAGACAAUGGAAAUGGUGACGAAACAGACUCACCCUUUGAGCAACAACACAUCAGACAUACCAAGAUGAAAUUGUUAAUGUCGUGGCUACCAUUGUUGUGUCGUGCGAAUAACGGCACUGAUGCACCAAUCCUGAGUUUGGGGGAAAGGGCGGAGUUGGAGAGGACACUAGAAGAGAUCAUCGCAACUUUGGAUGAAGAGGAGCAAGAAUGGGUGUUGUCCCUUUGGCUCCACCACUUCACCUACUGCCCCGCCUCCGAUUGGCCCAACCUCCGCUUGUGCUACACCCGAUGGUACAACGCCUCCCGUGCGAGCCUUAUGCAAUCCAUUGAAGAGACGCCAUAGUUUAAAUUUUCUAUUUCAAAUUCUUAUUUCGAUUUGUAUUCUAAAAAUUUUGAUCGAUUGAAAUAUAUAUCACUCAAGAUCGUGGAAUAGUUCAUUAGAGGAAAUUCGUGUAAAUAUAUGUAUGUUAGCUAGGAGGAAAUAAAUGGUGGUAGAAAUUUGGUAAUGUUUGUCAAUGAUGAGAUGGUCAAUUCAAUUAGCUAGUCAUCAUUGUUGACAUGUCUUGUAAUAAACUUACCGCUUGAAAUACGGGUAGCAAUGUAUAUGGUUCUAAGUCAAUUCAUCUUAUAAUGUUUAACAAAUUCUUUUUU